AUGGACAGGAUUUUCUCUGCCUUGCUGCUCUCUUUGCUGCUUCUCCUCCAGAGCUAUGGAGUUUACGGGGCACCCCCACAACCAAGAGGCACCCUGUGUAGAACCAAACCCACCGACCUGGUGUUCAUCAUUGACAGCUCUCGAAGUGUGCGCCCACACGAGUUUGAGAAAGUCAAAGUCUUCAUGUCCCGGGUGAUCGAGGGGCUGGACGUGGGCCCCAACUCCACCCGGGUGGGCGUGAUCAAUUAUGCCAGUGCCGUCAAGAACGAGUUCUCCCUCAAGACCUACCAAACCAAAGCCGGGCUCCUGCAAGCGGUCCAAAGGAUAGAGCCGCUCUCCACUGGGACUAUGACUGGCCUGGCUAUCCAGUUUGCCAUCAGCCGGGCUUUUAGUGACUCAGAAGGGGCCAGGGUGAGGUCUCCCAAUUUUAAUAAGGUGGCAAUCGUUGUGACCGAUGGACGUCCCCAGGAUGGAGUGCAGGAUGUGUCAGCAAGGGCCAGAGCAGCUGGCAUCGAGAUCUUUGCCAUCGGGGUCGGCCGGGUGGACAUGCACACGCUGCGGCAAAUUGCUAGCGAGCCCCUGGAUGACCACGUGGACUACGUGGAGAGCUACAGUGUUAUAGAGAAACUGACCCACAAAUUUCAAGAAGCUUUCUGCGUGGUGUCAGACCUGUGUGCCACUGGAGACCACGACUGUGAGCAGGUCUGUAUCAGCACCCCGGGAGCAUACAAGUGUGCUUGCAAAGAGGGUUUCACACUGAACAGUGAUGGGAAGACCUGCAGCGAUUGCAGUAGUGGGUCAGGAUCUGCUCUGGAUCUCGUGUUCCUGAUUGAUGGCUCCAAGAGUGUGCGGCCUGAGAACUUUGAGCUGGUGAAGAAAUUCAUCAACCAAAUUGUGGACUCGCUGGAGGUGUCAGACAAACAGGCCCAGGUUGGCCUGGUUCAGUACUCCAGCUCUGUCAGACAGGAGUUUCCACUGGGGCAGUUCAAGAACAAGAAAGACAUCAAAGCAGCAGUCAAGAAAAUGUCCUACAUGGAGAAAGGAACAAUGACAGGCCAGGCUCUGAAGUACCUCAUUGACAGUUCCUUUUCUAUCAUCAAUGGAGCUAGGCCUGGGGUCCCCAAGGUGGGCAUAGUCUUCACUGAUGGACGGUCACAAGAUUACAUCACUGAUGCUGCUAAGAAAGCCAAAGACUUAGGGUUUAGGAUGUUUGCUGUGGGAGUCGGCAACGCAGUCGAGGAUGAACUGAGGGAAAUUGCUUCAGAACCAGUAGCCGAGCACUACUUCUACACGGCUGACUUCAGGACCAUCAGCAAGAUCGGGAAGAAGCUACAAAUGAAAAUUUGCAUCGAGGAAGAUCCAUGUGAAUGUAAAUCUAUUGUGAAGUUCCAGACAAAAGUAGAAGACCUCAUAAAUUCAUUGCAGCGGAAAUUGGAAGCUGUGGCAAAAAGGAUCGAGGCCCUGGAGAACAAGAUCAUCUAAGAUCCCAAAACACUAUUAUUUCCCUCCUUCCUAAUGUACAAAACUAGAACUCCUUCACUUGUAACAGAGGGCAGCUCAGCCACAGUGCUAUGGCCAGCUUGUAUUUUUUUAAAGUCUAGUCUACAUGCAUUUGUUUAAAAGGGAAGAAGUAUAACAGUAGAGCAGACAUUGUAUAACGGGCAGAGCACUGUGUGUGACUGAGAGCUAGAUCAUGCUAAUGUUUGUUGCAUCGUAUAGAGUGGACAUA